ACAUACACUAAUCUCUCUCUCGAUUCCCAAAAUUUCACAAUUUUCCUGUGAUUUCUUUAUUUUCUUCUUCCGUUUUUCAAAUCAAAAACCAAUGGACGCUGUGAGUAGCGUAGACGAGAGCUCGACGAGCACAGAUUCAAUCCACACUCCGGCGAAGAUUCCGCCGUUGACGUCGUCAAGAAAGUCGUCAUCUCCGGCGAGUUUACACAGAAUGGGAAGCGGAUCAAGCGUCGUUUUGGAUUCCGAUAACGGCGUAGAAGCCGAAUCAAGAAAACUCCCGUCGUCGAGAUUCAAAGGCGUAGUUCCUCAGCCAAACGGAAGAUGGGGAGCUCAGAUUUACGAGAAGCACCAGCGCGUGUGGCUCGGCACUUUCAACGAAGAAGACGAAGCGGCGCGUGCUUACGACGUCGCCGCUUACCGUUUCCGAGGCCGUGACGCCGUCACGAAUUUCACGGCGGAAACUAACGGAGACAAAGACGAGGUCGAUUUCUUGAACGCGCAUUCGAAAUCCGAGAUCGUCGAUAUGUUGAGGAAACACACUUACAAAGAGGAGUUAGAACAGAGGAAACGGAACCGUGACGGUAACGGUAAAAGGAAAGAGACGGCGUUUGUAACGGCUGUGACGGGGUUUAAAUCGGCGGAGUCUCUGUUUGAGAAAGCGGUUACGCCUAGUGACGUCGGGAAAUUAAACCGUUUAGUGAUACCGAAACAUCAAGCGGAGAAACAUUUUCCGUUACCGUUAGCUGGCGACGUCUCCGUGAAAGGGACGCUGUUGAAUUUCGAGGACGUUAACGGGAAAGUGUGGAGGUUCCGUUACUCGUAUUGGAACAGUAGUCAAAGCUAUGUGUUGACUAAAGGUUGGAGCAGGUUCGUUAAAGAGAAGAGACUCUGUGCCGGUGAUUUGAUCAGUUUUAGAAGAUCCAACGGUCAGGAUCGACAGUUGUAUAUUGGGUGGGAGUCGAAAUCCGGGUCGGAUCAGGAUACGGGCCGGGUUGUCAUGAGAUUGUUCGGCGUUGACAUUUCAAAGUCGCUAAACAACGCCGUCGUGAAGGAAGAGGAAACGGAGAUGUUGUCGUUAAGGUGUUAUAAGAAGCGACGCGUCUUCGAUGCCUUUGUAACAACAGUUUAACAACUCUUUCUCUGUUUGUUUGUUUUUUGUAAUUUCAUGAACAAAAAAAAGAAAAUAUAUUUA